UUUAACUUCUAUUAUUUACACCCAUCAGGUUGUCGAUGUCCUGCAUCCUGGACGGGCCACGGUACCAAAGACAGAAAUCCGAGAAAAGCUGGCUCGUAUGUAUAAGACUACUCCCGAUGUCAUCUUUUGCUUUGGUUUCCACACACAGUUUGGAGGAGGUAAAACAACGGGAUUUGCGCUGAUAUAUGACACAUUGGAUUAUGCCAAAAAGUUUGAGCCAAAAUAUAGGCUUGUUAGGAAUGGACUCGCAGAAAGAGUUAAAACAGGAAGGAAACAGAGAAAGGAAAGAAAGAACAGGAUGAAGAAGGUUAGAGGGACAGCUAAAGCUAAGGUUGGAGCUGCAUCUGGUAAGAAAGUAAAGAUAAAGCAAGCCUUACAACCAUGUCUUUGAAGACUUCUCUCAUUCUCUACCAUCCUCUGCUUUUUACUCACCGUUUCACUGGGAGUUAUUGUGGGAAAACAAACAACUUUAUAUUUGUUGGUGAAGGGACUUCAUUCUUUUCUUUUCCCCUUUUUUUCUUUUUACAUAUAAACUCCUAGACUUAAAUACCAGGGGAGGGAUGCCUUACCAUAAAAAGUAUUUGGGCUAUCAUCUUUUCAAAUGUUUAAGUUGAU